AUGAGCUUUUUUUCAAGCGAUACAUUCGAACGUUCGGUUUCGAAAACCCGAGAAAAAGAACGUAAAUCGACAGUAUCCCAUAAACAAUCAUCUGAUUCAGAAGCGGAACAAGCAAAAAAAGGAGGAUUGUUAGAGCAACAUCAUCAAGAUAUGGAAAUCGAAAAACAUUCAAGUAAUGAAGAAAGUGAAGUGACCAAAGUAGCUCGUCAAGAAGCUCCUGAGUAUUGCCGAGAUAAAUUGAUCAUUAAACCGAAGAAGAUACCACAUGAUCAGAAACAGCAAAAGAUAUCACAAGGAAUCACAAAGCAACGAUCAGACUAUCCAACCAUGGAAGAUAUAUGCAGUGAUUGGGAAUCAUAUGAUGAAACAGAACAAAUGACCCAGCAAUCAAAAACGAAAGCUAAUCGUGAAUCGAAGAAGUCUAUUCUACAGCAAAAUCAAACAUCGAAAGAGUCUCCUCUUCAAUUACAUCAUCACCAACAACAACAACAACAACAACCUCUACAGUAUCAUCAAAGUGCACAAUAUAAUCAGCAAGUUCAUCAUUAUCAAACUCCACAAAAUCAUUACCAAAUUAAGCAAUGUCAGCUACCCAAAACGACCAAUCUUGUGCGGCCUAAAAAUGAAUCAAUCGAAAAACAGCAAUCAAAAAAGAAAUCAAAUCUUUAA